AUGUUAUGUAGAUUUUCUGUUUCUUACUUUUAUUUACCUAUUCCUUUUCUGUUUUUCAUCUUCUUUUUUUCUUUCUUUCUGCUAUACCUGUUAAUUUCUUCCUUCUUUUUUGCUAUUUUCUAUCCAAUUUUCCUCUCUUCCUUUUUUGUUCAUUUUCUCUUUCCAGCUUUCUUUCUUUCAGUUUUUUUUCUGUCUUUCUUUCCUCCAGUUUUUCUGUUUUUCUUUGUUUCUUUGUUUCUUUGUUUCUUUCUUCCUUACAAUUUGUCUUUCGUUCUGUCUUUCUUUCUUGAUUUAUUUAUUUCUUCACUUCUUUUUCUUUCUUCCUUUUCUUCCUUCCUUCCUUCAUUCCUUUCUUUCUUUCUUUCAAUUUUCUGUUUUUCUUUCUUUCUCUCUUGCAGUUUUUCUCGCUUUCUUCCAGUUUUUCUUUCUUUCUUCCUUAUUUAUUUAUUUAUUUAUUCACUUCUUUUUUCAUUUCUUUCUUUCUUUUAUUUCUUCCUUCCUUCUGCCCAUCACUUUCUUACUUCUUUUCUUCCUUUCUUUAUUUCUUCACUUCCUUCUUCAUUUCUUUCUUCUUUCCAUUUUUCUUUCUUUCCUUCUUUUUUCACUUUUUCUUUUUUCUUCCAGUUUUUCUUCCCCCCCCAGUUUUUCCCUCUUUCUUUCUUUCUUUCUUUUUCUUCAUUUCUUUCUUUCUGUAUUUAUUUCUGCCUUCAUUUCUUUCUUCAUUUCAUCCUCUUCUUUUUUCAUUUAUUUAUUUCCUAA